AUGCAAAAGAGUGUCUCUUUGGAAAAGAUAAAUGGCACGAACGUUAAUUCAGAUGUGAAGAGAAAACACUUAUGUAACACGCAAAGAACCGUUACACAAAGCAGGAGAGUGCGUAAACCUUUUGGACGUGUCCACGAGCAUUUUCAAAUAAUUAUAAAACCCAAAAUUCAGAAGAGCACUUCACUAUCAGAUCUAUCGCCCGAGUCGAGUGCAUUUUCAUUCGAUUAUUUCGAUAAUAAGAAGGGCUGUGCGUGCCAGCCGACUGAAGACGUUUGCCUAAGCGCAGGUGACGCCCUGGAGAAAUAUUCUCGAUGUUCGAUUGAAGCUCCAUUCAUGUCUUGGAACAGGGGAAAGAAGAUGAAGAAGAAGACAGAGAUUCCUGCUGAUACCUACCCGUCGAGAUAUGCCUCCGACUAUUCUUACAAUGGCGACAACACCGUCUCUUCGUCCAUUGACAACUCAAGCACCUGCAGUUCAGAUGCAACGAUUCACCAGAAAAUAGCGCCGUUCCCUUUCAAACCGACCCCGAGUGGAAAUCUGAAAGUGCAAUCAAAUCAGGUAGUGUUUCAGUCCUCGACUGUUGGUGUGCUGCUGGCUGAUCCGACGCAAGCGAAGGUCAAGGUUAAAUUUGAAGGGAACAAUGACGAUGAACUGGAUUCAGCAAUGAACAAUAUUAUGAAGAAUAACUUUCAAGAUAAACCCGAACCGGCAUUGCAAUACGGCCAUAGAACGAAUCCUACUGUUUUUCACGUCGAAACUGUGGUAGACAAACAUGCGAUGGGAAAAUACAACACCGAUUUGUCCAGCCUUGGCUAUGGGCAGUCAGAACCUGUCGACUGGACUUGCGUACAGUUGCCUAAAAAGCUGGAAUUGUUCCAAGAGUUCUAUCGGCGCGUGCUGAAUUUUAUAAAUACCGAUUGUGUCGUGCAUAUCAGCAAUGAGGAGUUCCACUGUCACCGCAUGGUACUUCAAAUCUAUUCGUCAUUCUUUAGCGCGAACACUCAAAGGGACAUAGAGCUACCUGUUAGCAACGUAAAACCAGCUGCCUUCCGAACCAUCUAUGAAUGGAUGAUGCUGAGCGGCUCUGAAAGCAAUAAGCUGCUGAAGCGGGAGAACGUUCUCGAUUUGUUUUCAGCCGCACAAUAUUUAGGGAUAAAAGAUUUAGAGGACCAGUGCAUGUCAUUUAUUGCGAACGAAGCGAUAUUCAAUGAAGAUUCAGCCUUCGUUCUGUACAGGGAAGCGAGAUUGAGCAAUAUGACUUCUGUUAUGGAGUUAAUGGUGUCGCGAGUCAAGCGAUUCUUCCUCCCACUCGUCGCAUCUAAAGACUUCCUUGGUCUGCAACCUGAUGAAGUUAUGAUGUUUCUGCGGUCGAACUAUAUUUGCGUAGCUAGCGAAAUAGAAGUAUUGAUGGCCGGUGUCAGAUGGCUGUAUGGAGACUGGAACACUCGGAAACGGUUCACCAUAGAUGUGAUGAAGUGUGUCCGAUUCGGUCUCAUCUCACCUUGGCAGCUUGUUGAUAUCAAGAGGAAUCCAGAUAACGCGGAGAUUCUUGAAAUUGUGAACGAGCCGCAGAUCCAGCAGAUGGUAGACGAUGGCUUAGCCUAUGUUAUAAUAAAGUAUUGGUACGGAAACAACUCGAAGAAUUAUUAUCACUGGAUUGAUGUUCUUGGACUAUCUGAACCCGUCGAGAGAAACUGGAUAGGAGAAGAGAAGAAUCACGUAACUUACAAGGAGUUCUUAAAAUAUCUAGAACAAUUCACGGUGCCCAAGGAUCAAAUGUACCAGCAGAUGGCUAUGAUGCAACCACCACGACGAAACGAUGACGCACCAGGCGGCUUUCGAGGCAAAGACCAAGAUAAAAUGGAUAUGCGAAGACCAAAAAUAGACUUCCCUACACCAGCUGUGCUAAUGGGGCUUACUGAUACUGAUAAAUUUCCAACGAUGAGUGAUUUCUUUGAUAAAAAAGCAAAGAUGAAAGACACCGCGCGUCCAUUCGAUAAGUCGCCACUAUCUGAAGAUUCUGUACCAAGAAUUCACCAAGAAACGAGAAACAGCAUCGAGUUAAACAGACACCAAAUUCAUCCAACGCUCAACUCAGAUCAGCGACACGAGCCACCUGAAAAGGACUCGACAGAAGAGACACUUACAUCCAACAGCGAGACAAGUGAAACUGGUGGAAACAGUGCUAUAGAUACUCGGAGACCAGGUCAAAAGCGGCACAGCGUUGCAGCUUGCUAUCUAGCCGCGGCUACAGCGGCACUAGCAGGGAACAAGCAGCAAGAUCCUCAACCUAUGGAUCGUCGUCCGCAAACAACGUCGAAUGUUCGUCCUGACCAAUCAAAUCAGCUUAACUCAGUCCAGAAUAUCACCAGCCCUCAGGCUUCAUUAUUCAAUCAGUCGAAGGAAUCCCUUGCUAGGGCAAAUAUGAACAAGUUGUCCACAUCUAUCCUCGGUCCGUCUAAUAAGAAUUACAUAAUCGACGGGUCCCUCUUCAACUGGGAUCGGGAGACAGUUCUGGUCUUUGGAGGAACUGAUCCUCACACUCAUUAUGGUCUAGCCGGCAACACUGGCAGAGAUAUAUACAGAUUCGAUCCAGUAACGAAUACUUGGGAGUCCGUGGGCGAACUACCAGAGCCGAGGCAUCAUCACUCCGUAGCAUUUUUGCGCGGAAGAGUGUUUCUUGUUGGCGGGGCUGAUCCCCGGGAAGAUGAUUUACGUGGCAAAUCCGUCGUCGUGUCCACAGUAUGGAGUUAUGAGCCAGUAACUCGGUCUUGGUACAGUGAAUCGGGCCUGGCUGUACCCAGGAAGAAUUUUGGGCUCGUGGUUCAUAAGAUGGCAUUGUAUGCUAUUGGGGGGCAGGAUAAAAAGGGCAGAGUGCUAAGAUCUGUGGAGAGAUUCGACCCGAAGACUGGGUCCUGGAGCGAAGUGCGGUCCAUGGGCGUGGCGCGCAUGGCAGUAGCGGCGGUCAAGUACAGAGACUACAUUUGGGUCGCUGGUGGUAUGACUGGGGAGAAGAAGCGACCCGUUUGCAAAAUUGUCGAGUGCUACAACUCGAAGACUAAUGAAUGGACGGAAAUUCACAGCUUACGUUUCCCAAGAUGUUUUGCGAGCAUGUUUGCAAUGAAUGACAAGUUGUACAUUAUAGGUGGGGCUGGAAAAAUGUCCGAUAAGGAUAAAACUCCAAGCAGUGUGAGCGCUAUAGACGUGUGGGACUGGAAGGAAAGACAGUGGAAACUUGAUACGGAGAUGUCAAUACCGAGACAUGGACACGCUCUGGCUUAUCUCGGCACACAGCUUAUUAUAAUUGGUGGGGUAACAACAAUAUACAUGCGGGCGUUAAGCAACGUGGAAUCGUUUUGUUGCGAGAGAGAUGCUUGGAUCCGAGGAGUGGCGACCCUGCCGUCCCCCUUGUCGGGGCAUGGUGCUGUCACUCUUCCACCAGCAUCUCUGAUGUAA